AUGUCGAAACUUCUGAUUUUAAUAAUAAUUUUGUUCAUUAAUUUUAUUUUGGUUAGUUCUCAAGAUACGGAUUCUAGUAGUUCUAAUUCUAAUAGUUCUAAACUUGACUUUGAAUCAGAAAUUUUAAAACCAACCAAAGAAGGAGUUGAAAAUGUUUUUGAUUUAAUGGCAUAUGGUUUAACCAAUGACUAUUUUUUUAUUCAAUAUCUUAUCACAUAUUCAGUUAUUACAUUAUUUAGUAUCCCUACUAGUUUUUAUUUUUCGGUCCGUGCAUUUACUGCAAUUGUACAUUUACAUAAUGAACAUCAUUUAAAAACUCAUAAACAAGGCUCUGGGCAAUCCUAUAAGUUUCUAAAAUGGAUGAAUUCGGUAUUAGACAAAAGCGUCCAUAAGUCUUAUUCUUUUGUGGUCCAAAUCAUCGCAUUUUUUUCAUUUAUUGUAAACUUAGUCUUUUUUAUUAUGGCUUAUAAUCGUCAUUAUGUUUAUCAUUUAGCUUUUGUGGUUAUUUUGUUUCCCUCAAUUCUUUUCAUAGUAUAUUCAUUAAUUGAAAUAAUUUGUGCUUCAUAUUAUAAAAUUGUUGAAAAUGAUUUAGAAAAACGUAUCGAGUCAUUAGAAUAUAUGCAAUCUGGAAAAAGGUUGAAUAUAAAAAAUAGGAAACUUAUUGAACAUAUUCACAGUAACGUUAGAAUUAGAUCGGUGACAGUAAAAGUAGUUGGAAUUUGUUCACAAUUUUUAUUUUGCACAAUUGCUGCACCGGAUUCCUUAUGGAUAAAAAUUUUUCUUACAUGUGUAGCUAUUUAUGUCACAAUAACCGAAAAUUUAGAUGAAUUAAUUUCCGAAGUACUGGAUAGAGAUGCACAGGAUGAUGAAGCACCGGAUGUUCCAAAUCAAAAAUCGGAUGUUGACUAA